AUGGAUAACCAAAACGUCAACAAUAAAAACAUCAUUAAUAACAGCAAUCAUUACAAUAACAAUAUUUACAUGAAUACCGGGGCCGAGACUACCGGUGCCGUCGCUGAUGGCAAAACACAUUACUUGUCAAACAAUCACUUGAGUCCGGACUAUAACGGCACCGGAGGUCAGGCGCACACACGCAGACGUAGUUCAGCAUAUCUUGGGUCAGCACAACUGGACAGUUGCCGGCGAUUGUCCGCCGUUUCCGGCCAUUCAAUAGCGAUGGCAAUGGAUAUUAAACGCAAGAGUCAUAUGGAGGGCGAGGGUCACAGAGAGGGGGACAGUAUUGAUGUGCCCGAACAUGAACAAAUGAGUUUUACCAUGAAAUGUGUCUACACCUCGAUCAUGAUGCUAAUUCAUCACAAUUUUGGUCUCAGUGUGUCGGGAUUCGCGCCCUCGUACGUCGACUGGACGGUUAUGUUGCGGACAAACAUGACAUACAUCGGACUCAUACCGAUAUUCCAGGCUAUCGGCGGUAUAUGCGGUUCCGUAUGCGGAACCUUAUACAAAUGGCUACCACGGCAACUGGUGCUAUUGUUCGUGGUCAUAUUAAUGGCAAUGGCCACCGUAUUCAUGCCCUACUCGACCGAGAUCUGGCACCUGUACAUAUGUAUAUUUUUCUAUGGUUGCGGUGUCGGCGCGUGGAAUAACUCAAAUAACGUGUGGCUCAUUGAGAUGUGGCAAAAACGGAGUCCGACCAUGUUGCUAUUGUCGCAGGGCAUAUACGGUGUGGGCACUAUUCUGGGCCCAAUGGUGGUCAAGCCAUACCUGUCUGGUAUAUCGCAGAGCGAUAAGAUGAAUGACAACAUGAACGACACAAUGGCCGCGUUGUUGGCCAGUCAGGUGUCCGACAAACUUAAGACACCCUUUUUAAUCACCGGCUGUAUUGAAGUGAUUGGACCCAUAAUAAUGUUGGCCCUAUUCUUCAUCAAACCCUACAAAUUCACGUCAUUGACCAAACGGGAGGACGAGAUGGCGGUGACUGAGGCCGAUAAGACACGGCUGGAGGAGGAGCGCCGGGUGAUACCCAAAAAGACUCUCAUCGUAUGCACCGCCAUAUUCUUUGCCACCGGAUUUAUGACCGAGAACAUGUACGUGGACUUUGCACCUAGCUAUUUCCAAUUUGUGCCCAACUUGCAACUGUCGGCCCAGACGGCCGCAGACAUAGCCAGCACAAUGGCCAUAGCGCUGGCCGGCGGCCGCUUUCUAUGCAUACUAUUGGCCAUGAAGUUACGGCCCCAGUAUAUGAUAUUUAUCCAUGUUUGUAUUAUAUGGGUCGGUGUGUUGGUCCAGUAUUUUGGCCAAGAUAUUCUGGGCGUGCUAUGGUUUAGCGCAGCCCUGAUUUGUUACGGCUAUUCGUGUAUUUAUGUAACCCUUUACGCGUUUGUGAAUCAGUACUUCGAGAUGACUGAUGCCGUGGGCACUAUAUUUAUCAUGUGCUAUAACUCGUUGUAUUUGUUUUUGCCGUAUAUUAUUGGCGAUAAUAUUGAACAAACGCCCGAUAUUUUUAAUUAUUUGAUGUUUGCCUGCGUUUCCAUAUCUAUCGUUGACUUUGCGUUUAUUUUGUUUAAAAUCCGUAAUAUUCCCAAACAUCUGAUUAGACUGUAA